GUGAUUGGAAGUUUGAGGAACAGACUUAGAGAAAUAACACCCAUGCAUAUGUCACCGGAAAUACGUAUCCAACAAGUGCAACAAUGCAUCUCUAUAGCCCUGAAGUGCCUGGAACCUGAGUCGAAUAAAAGGCCUACUUCCCUGGACAUAGUUCAAAGUCUAAAUGCAGUAGAACCAAAAUGUACGUCUCCUGGAAAUCUCCCCAGCGUCAUUGAGAAGGAUAUGAGAAACCAAAAUCUUCAUAGUCAAGUAAAUAUGAACAUAUUCAACAUACCAAAGACCAUCAGUGCCGUUAAUGGCCUCAAUGAGUGUGCCAAUUUGUUCCAGUGGGUUACAAUAGCCAUUUCAUCUCUGAAAUCCCAGUCCAAUGAAACACAAAAGGAAAGACUUCAACGAGAUGUAUGCCAAUUGCAUAGUGACCUUCAAUGCCUUACUGAUACUCUACUAGGAAUGUACAACCUCAUUGAUCGAGCAGAGUGGAGGAUCCAUGAUCAUUAUGUGGCUGAGCUCCUUUCAAGACUCAAGCAUGCAGUGUAUGAUGCAGAAGACCUUCUAGAUGAGUUCAGAUGGUAUGAGAAAAAGGUUUCUGUACAGGGCAAUGCUAUCUCUGUGGAACCAGUUAUUAAAUUCUUUCAAAGUGUCACUCAAGGUUGCUUCAACAAGGUGAUUGCUAUCCAGAAGAGGCUCAAUAAUCUCUCCAAACAGCUUGAGAAACAGGGUUUACUUCCAGCAAUUCCAAAGUUUGACAAAUCAUCUAGGCCCGAGACCUCCUUUUUCUCCAUUGAAGCAAAGAUGAUUGGUCGUGAUGAGGAAAAGAAGAAGCUGAUCAUGUUGCUUGGUGUACCAACAAAUAAAAGCUCAGGUCCUUCUGGAUGCAAGAGAAAAAGAAGAGUCAGUUCAUCAACAAGCAACCAAGUUUGUGCUACUAUUGAUAGCAAUGAAGCAACAAUAGUGAGUGUUCGAGUUUUGCCAAUUGUUGGAAUUGGGGGUGUCGGAAAAACCACCUUGGCUUAUGAUAUUUGCAACAAUUCAAAAGUGAAAGGUCACUUUGACCUGAUAAUUUGGAUUUGUGUAUCGGAUGAUUUUGAUGUCAAGAGGUUCACUAAAGAAGCUAUAGAACAAACUUCUGGGAAAGUCCUAGAAAAUGGUAAUUUGAAUUCUCUUCAGCUUGCUCUUGCAAAUAGCGUGAACAAGAAAAGAUUCUUGACUGUCCUUGAUGACAUGUGGAAUGAAAAUGAGCAGCAUUGGAAGCACUUCUGUGCACCUUUUAAAAAUGCACUUCAGGGAAGCAUGAUGCUUGUCACCACUAGGUCUCCGAAGGUUGCUGAUGUAGUGCGUACAAUGGAUCCCUUUCCCUUAGAGGGUUUGAAAGAUGAUGUCUUUCGGAAGUUCUUUAAGUUCUGUGUGUUUGGGCCUAAUAGCUCCAACAUUGAUCCUCAGUUGGAACAGAUUGGUGAGAAAAUACUCAAGUUGAGAGGCUCUCCUUUAGCUGCAAAAACUCUAGGACGACUGUUAGGAAUGAGCCUUGAGCUAGCACAUUGGGAUAGGAGUCUCAAGAGUCAGCUGUGGGAGCUUCAACAAAAGGAGACUGACAUUUUGCCAGCUCUUCGGUUGAGCUACAUGUAUUUACCAUUGUAUUUAAAGAGAUGCUUCUCGUUCUGUGCUGUGUACCCGAAAGAUUACAUAUUCAAAAAGGAGGAUUUAGUGGAGAUUUGGGUGGCAGAAGGCUUAGUGGAACAUCACCCUAACAUUUCACUUCAUCAUACUGGAGGUCAGUACUUUGAAGAACUUGCACAUCUGUCAUUUUUCCAGAAAUAUCCACGGUCCCACAAGAAAUAUGUAAUACAUGAUUUGAUGCAUGACAUGGCACAACUGGUUUCAAAGGACGAGUGCUUUAUAGUAAAAGAAAAAAAUGAUCUUCCUAAGAUCCCUCAAAAUGUCCGCCAUCUGUCAGUGCUCAAAGGCGGAGAUGUUCAGUGUUCUGACUUAUUGAAGCAUGACAUGGCACAACAUAGAAAGCUGCUCACCCUAUUUUGCCACCUGUCUUUAAAGAGUGAAACUGAUAAUACUGUGAUGGAGAAAUGGUGUAAUGAACUUCUGUGCAUGCGUGUCAUGGUCUGUUCUAUCGCUAAGUGGGGCUUACCAGGUAGUAUUAGCAAUAUGAAGCUACUUCGGUACCUUCAAAUCCUCCACUCUAGCCUUUGCAAGAGCCUUCCUUCAGAAUUCUGUUGCCUCUAUAACAUGCAGAUAUUUUACGCUGUGACAUGGCAGAUUGAUGACAUUCCUAGCGGCUUUGGUAUGCUGAUCAAUCUGCAGAAAUUUGAGUCACGGACAUGUCGAUUUCAUCAUAGACAUAUACAUUCAGUGGAUGUUCGUGAAAGUGCAAGUGCAACUGACAAAGGGCAGAGAGGGCAAUUCAGGAUUGUAGACUAUAAUGGUGAAUCUCUUCCAAGCUGUACUCAUCCACAAAACUUAGAGCAGAUUCACAGUUAA